UCAGGACACACAGUCAUAUAUUCGUCAGACUCAAGUGAUGAUGACUUGGAGUCAUUUUUGAGCAAAGUUAAAACUCCCCUUCGUGAAAGAAUACAAGUUAACAACAAUGCCCAGGUUAGUUUGGAUGAUUUUGUGGUGGAUGAUGAUGAUGAUGAUAUCCUGAGCAAUGAAGAUGACGAGGAGGAAGAAGGAAACAGCGGAUUCUUCCAUGUGAAUGUGGACAGGAAAAUGGACGCACCAAAACACAGCCGCAGAAAAAUGCACAACAGCUCGGCUGUUCGCUCAUAUCGCCAUGUUAUUGAGAUAGACAGUGACAGUGAUGAAGAAAAUUUUGCCCUACCAAAGCCAAAGAACAAGGCCAAGCCAGCAUCCAAAGAGACUUUUAAAACCCCAAAACCUUUACUCCCAAAACACAAAGACACCAAACCUUUGUCUUCUGUUACACCCCGGAUGUCUGAUCAUGUGACCAUGAUGUCCUUCCUGAAAUCUCUUUCACCAACUGUCCCGGACUACAAAAAGGACUUGGAGGCAGGGCGGUACGUUCGCCAGUUUAGCAAACUGAGGGAAGAGUUGACUCAGAAACUUUUUGUCCUGUAUAACAACACUGUGUUUGAUAACAAGUUGCCCAAAGAUCUGCCCAUCAAAUGGAAUGCACGUUUGCUGAAGACUGCAGGAUACUGCCGGUAUAAGCGUCACCGUAAUUCCAGUGCCACAGUAUGGCAGUCCGUGGAGAUAGAACUAUCUACUAAAGUCUGCGACUCUGCUGAGCGUGUCAGGGACACCCUUAUACAUGAGCUGUGUCAUGCUGCAGUCUGGAUUAUCAAUGGUACAAGGGACGGACAUGGACCCUACUGGAAAUACUGGGCCAGGAAAUCCAACUUUGUCCAUCCCGAGUUACCUGUGAUUAACAGGUGCCAUAAUUACAGCAUUACCACCAAAUACACUUACAAGUGUGUACAGUGUGGUUAUGAAAUUGGGCGCCAUUCAAAGUCACUUGACACAGUGAAGAAAGUUUGUGGUUUAUGUCGUGGCAGAUUUGAACUCCUUGUAUCUGGAAAAUCUAGCACGUCCUCCUCUAAGGAAGCCAGUGGAGGCACACCGUACACCCCAAGGGCACCCAGCAAGUUUGCUUUGUUCGUCAAGGAGAAUUAUAAAACCAUCAAACAAAGCAACAGUGACUUUAAACACAGCGAUGUGAUGAAGGCAUUGAGCAAACAGUUUGCUGAAAAAAACAGAAUCAAAGAUGACUAAUUUUUUUUAAACGUUUAUCCAAUACUUUUCUUAGUGUCAGUUUAGUUAUGUAGUUCAAGACAUACAUUCACAUCAUAUGCUCAGGAUAAUGUAUAUGUUUUUUUUUUAUUUGAAUUUUUCAUUGUGUUUCUCAUCAAAUAGUAUUACAUUUAUUCAUUAAAAGAAUUAGGUAUUGUAGAUCAUUGAAAUGAUUUCUGUAAUGUAUAUAAAUAACAGCACCAUAAAUUUAUUCUUAAACCAGCAA